GCAAGUGGGGAGUUUUUUUUCUGACAGUAAGAGGGUCAAGUCUCGAAAGAAGAGAUUGAGAUAUUCCGGCCGGAGAGAUGAGGGCGUGGGUGUUUGUGCUGGUGUAUCUGUGGGCGUGGAGGAGGGCGAGUCCAUCCCCGAGUGCCCUAACAGUGGGAGUAGAAUCUCCUUGGUGCCGAUUAGAAGGACCUGAACUCAACUGUGAUUUUGAAAGAGCGCGUCAGAUGGUGCUGAUGACCGAGCGUUUCAACGCGUCCGUGCGGAAGGUCUCCGUGCACGGCGCCAGUCAGCUGCACCUUAGUGAGUCCCUGUGCGCCGACAUCGUGUCCCUCACCCGCGUCGCCGAAGUGGUGGUCGUCCGCGGCGAGUCCGAGCCUUGUCAGCAGAGCGAAGUCCAGCUGAUAGUCCGGAAUUCUCAACUUGACAGGUUGCCAAACCAGGUGACUCAUCUACACCUGGAAAAUAGCAAGAUCGGCUCGCUCUCUUCCGCUACCGCCGCCGUCGGUAACAUCACCGUGACCAACUGUCAUAUCGACGUCCUCGACAUCUCCCAGCCGCUCCGAGGGGAAGGCACAUCUGCGACUUUCGAAGACUCGACCGUCAGGAAGAUAGAGAAGCUCGAGAUGGCCGGCCAAUCCCGUCUCCGAAUGCACAGGACUUCGGUGACGAUCGUGGCUUCUAAGGGCCUCGUCCUGCGAGAAAGAGCUCAAAUGUCUUUGGUUGAGUCAACGGUUUGGCCUCUAGCUGAUGACAGCAUUAUGGUAGGGGGCGGGGCGUCGAUACACAUCGAGAACUAUCCGGGGAAAUUUAGUGUUAAGUCGAUGACGGAGGCGAAACCCUCCCUCAGACAAUCGAACGCAGCCCCAGUCGAGCGAGUGGUCGAGAAGAAUUUUUUCGUUGGCUUCGUCGUCUGUCUUGUUAUCGUUGUCUUGCUCCUGAUGGCGUUACUGAUCACUUGUAUCAAGGCGAGGAAGGAAAGGGCGAAGACAAGAACCGACUUGACAAUUAAUAAUUUAAACAGGAGGGAUAAGAUUGCAAGGUACAACCAGUCCUCUUUCUGCGAAGCAAAACGGUCAAACUCAAACGCAGAAACGAACGUCGAAAUACAGCCGAUGUUACAAAAACUGAACAACGUGUCAGAAAAAGUCAGUAGUGAUAAGCAAAAUUACCUCAAAGAAAUGGCCCGCAUCGAAGAAAACAUUUGCAGAAUUCACGAACAAAUGUCAAGUGAUGUCAUCAGCUUGAAAACAUCAAGAGCGGAGAGAAUCAUCGAAAUUCACAGCAAAUACGCAACACUGAGACAUAUUCAGAGCCAAAGUAUAGACCACACGUCUUCCUCGUCUGAUAAAGAACUCGAAAAGGAAGGAAAAGAAAACAGAAUACAAGCGGGAGACGGGGCUGAAGUCAAAGAUGAUGUCAUACAACUGUUAUCGGCGACUGAGAAGGCCAAAUUGAGUUUAUUAGAGAGUGAAUAUGAGAGUAAAAUUCUCGAGAUAAGGAUUUCUGCUUGGAGGAGCGAACUCGAGGAGAAUCUAGCCCUCAUCCAGAGAAGAGAGACAUUCAUAAAUUGCAUGAAGGAAAACAGAGACAACGCAAUGUUGCAAAUCUUCAAGCCGUACGGUAAUAAUCUGAACGAAAUUAAGAAAAUCAGAACAGCCAAAGACUUCUUAACAAGAAUGAUGACGAAGACAGACGAAAAUUUUAAGGAACAGCUUCAAAAACUGAAAGAGAGUGACCUAAAAGAGAAAAAAUCUACCGAAGAAGAAAUGAACGACCGCAUUCGAAUCAUCAAGAAUAAACAUGAGGUAAACAGAGGCAGAAUCUCCAACGAAAAUGACUUAGAAAUGAGAAUAAAUAGAGCUAAGAACGAAGGCAUCUCCGACCUCUUCCAAACGUUAUGGAAGAUGCAAGAAACCACAUAUCACUUUGACGUCAAAAGAGCAUCGGCCGAACUUGAUCCAGUGUUAGAUUUACGUUUCCAUCAAGACGUCGUGGCAGCGCUAGACAGGUACAUCGCGCAACUGGAAAUGUGUGUUGACUUCAUCGUGUUGCUUGGGAACAUUGUCCAAGAGGAGGUUUGAGAAGGAGAAAUACUGUGUUUUAUUUACUCUCUAAAUAUUUCGAGUGAAUUAAGUAUUCUAUAAAUAAUUGUAUUUCUUUAUUUUUCAGUAUCAUUCCUUUGUGCUUCAAAGGAAUUCAUAUCUAAGAAAAAUGGCUUAUGCAGCAAUUUUUGGCUAAAUGACAACCUCAAUUAAUGCUGUAAUUGGCUUUGACAUAUGAGUAUUAUCAUUUUGUUAAUACUGAUAGCGUGUCUUGUCGCUUAUUAUCACUAUUAGCUACACUUCCCGAAAUUAUUUCUUUUGCUUUUAAUUAAUGUUAAUCACAAGUAUUAAGAGCUAUGCACGCGCUAUUUGGCGUCAUUAGUGGAAAUAACUAAUUCAACAUUUUCAUCCUCCCUUUCACACGGCUGUACAACCUUCUGACAUGUAAAACUUGAAUUUAACUGGAUCAUGCUGUAUAAUGAUGCUGUACGAAUGUUUUAGAAAUAAAAUGCAAGAACAUUCA